CAUGAAAGCCUCUCCAUGUCUUCUCCAUCUGAUCUCACCUCCACCAAAACAGCAAGUCAUUGACCAAGACCACACAGAAUCUAGAAGAACCACUCCAAUUAGCACGGUUGAACAUUCUCCACCGUCCGAUCAGAAGAUUAGCAGCUUGAUCCCGUCAUCAAAUAGAAUUAUAACUGUCCCUGAUCUCCCUGUGGACGUUGCUCGCGGCCCUACCUGCUCUGUGAUUGGCUUCUUCGUGGGGCCGUCCCUGCCCCCCCCCGCUGAUAAUGCAGGUCGACCGGGAAGCAACAAAAACACGGGAUAAAGCGGAAGAUGUCCGUCCCAACGGUCAAAUUUCUACUUCUCCGACUCAUUUCCAUUGCGUGACCGAACCAAGGCGGCUUCGCCCUCCCAGAUUCCCAUCCCCGCAUAGGUGGCCGCGUUGAUCCAUUCAGCAAAGCAAGUUCGAAGAAGAAGGUAUAGUUCCUCUCGACAGACUCCACCCCCUGGAUCUCCUUCCAUUUGCGCGUUCGCAGCCCUCCUUUGACGUGUUCUGCGCCUGGCGGAGCGAAUUCUUACCAUCUUUUUAACCGCCACCACCACCUCUGCCUCCUCCUCCUCCUCCUCCUACUUCCGUUUCCUUCCAUCGUUUUGGUUCUUGGAAUCGUCCCCCUAGCGGAUAUCCGAGCGAUAGGUUCCAUUGUCAAGCUUGUGAUACUGCUACUGUCGAAAUCUCUGUCAUCUUCAAUCAAUUACUGAUUUCACAUCAAGAUGAGCACGUGGAAGACUCCUCUAUCAGGCAAUCAGCAACAACAUGCCAAACCUGGAUUUUCUGGCUCCAACCCUUUUGAUUCGGUUCCUGACUCCGAUCGGUUUGGUGAUAGCAAAGACAAAGGAAGUGGGACAACUUCCCCACAAGUCCUGCAUUCCGGAUUUUCUACUGCAAAAGCCAAAUACAAGAAUGAUUUUCGUGAUUCAGGGGGUAUCGAGAACCAAUCAGUUCAGGAACUGCAAAACUAUUCUGCGUACAAGGCUGAGGAGACUACCAUUAAGCUGAAUGGCUGCCUUAAAAUUGCUGAAGAAAUUAGAGAAGGCGCUUCAAAUACUCUUGUCACCUUGCAUCAACAAGGUGAACAAAUUACUAGGACUCAUCAAGCUGUUGCGGACAUCGAGCCGGACCUUAGUAGGGGUGAAAAGCUUUUGGGAAGUCUCGGUGGAUUGUUUUCCAAGAAAUGGAAGCCAAAGAAAACACACAAAAUAAAGGGACCUCUUUCGAUUAAAGAUGAUUCUUCUGAAAGGAGUAGGCACCUGGAGCAAAGGCAGAGGUUGGGAUUGGCAGCUCCUCUGCCUCGGUCAGAACCUCAACAUUUUUCUGAACCAGCAUCUGCCCUCCAGAAAGUCGAGAUUGAGAAGGCAAAGCAAGACGAUGUCCUUUCUGAUCUGAGCAAUUUGUUAGGUGAGCUGAAAAAUAUGGCCAUCGACAUGGGCUCUGAGUUUGAGAAGCAGAAUGUGGCUUUGGACCGGGCGCAGGAUGACGUGGAUGAGAUGAAUACCAGAGUUCACGGAGCAAACCUUCGUGGCCGUCGACUUCUUAGAAAAUAGAUCUUAUUUUUUUACCAAACAAUUUGGAAUAGAUCAUUGGGUUUGAAUGGACGAUACCUGUUUUAGUGAAACAUUUAUGCUACUGUAUUAUAAAUCUGAAGUGCUCAGAUGCACUAGUAAAUUCCUUUUUUGUUUUUUAUAUAUGUAUUCUUGAAUGCACAAGAGGAUAUGUAUUAUUUCUAUUACAGAGAUUUUUUUCUUGUU